AUGCCUCCCGGCUCGCCGCUGCGGCCUGUGCUGCACCCGGGCCCAGCGCUGCUGUGGCGGACCCUGGGGACUGGCGGCCGGGCCUGCACACCAGCACUGGGGCCACUCACGCCGCAUCAGGCAACCAUCAUCCAAAGCUGCCUGUUAUGCUGUAGUCCGGCACAGGAGAUCCUGUGCCUGGACAGAAGCUUCGCUCUGAGGAUGGGGAGGCAAGUGGUGCUGCUAUCUCUCCUGCUUCUGGUGGCGUGUGAAGUAGGUGCCUUUAAGUGUCCUGCCAAUGAUCCUCUCCCUGUUCCACAUGAACGGUACCGGUCAGGGGACCUUCUCAUUGGUGGGAUUGCUUCUCAGAUCAUUUACACAUUUUAUGAAUGCACUUUCCAGGAACAUCCUUCAUCAAACUUGUUUGAAGUUCCAGACAUGGUGACCAAGUUCUACCAGCACAUCCUUGCUUUUCUCUUUGCCAUCAAUGAGAUCAAUGAGAAUCCCGAGAUCCUGCCCAACGUCACUCUUGGGUCGCACAUUUAUGACAGCUACAACGAAGCGAGGUUGACGUAUCGUACCACUCUAGACCUCCUCUUCAAAUUACAGAGGUUUGUCCCCAACUACAAAUGUGACACCCAGAAAAACCUCAUAGCCGCUGUUGGGGGACUUGGCUUUGAUACCUCCUUUCGCAUGGCAGACAUCUUAGGUCUUUACAAGACUCCACAGCUCACAUAUGGAUCCUUUGCCUCUAAGGAGACAGAUGUGACAAAGUUCCCUUCCUUUUACCGCAUGGUCCCUAAUGAAUCCCAUCAAUAUAUGGGGAUUAUCCAGUUGCUUCUCCAUUUUGGAUGGACAUGGAUUGGGCUCUUAACUGUGGGUGAUGAGAGUGGAGAACAUUUCUUAAAGACCAUAGAACCAUUGCUUUCCAAAUAUGGCAUCUGUUUAGCUGUCACAGAAAGAAUCCUAAAGUAUGGCAACUGGAAUAGUAUGGAUGACCUUCAAGAUUUUUCCUCAAACUUAUAUAAACCUUUUGUAGAUACCAAAGCCAAUACAUUUAUCUUCUAUGGAGAUUCUAUAGCUAUUAUAACAUUCAACACUUUUUUGCAUCUAGGAAAUUUUGAUUAUAAGGAAAAUAUAUUAUUUAGGAAGGUGUGGAUUGUGACAGGCCAGAUUGAUUUUGCAGCAACAGGCCUUCAAAGAGGAGUGGAUUUCCAGUUUUUCCAAGGUGCCAUUUCCUUCACAGUCCAUUCAAAUGAGAUUCCGGGGUUCCAGAAAUUUCUCCAGAAUGUGAACCCCUAUCAAGCACAAGGUGAUGAUUUUCUCAAUGAAUUCUGGGAGCAAGCUUUCUCCUGUCCACUUGCAGAUCCCCAGGAACCAGUGAAUGUUGAGGAGGCAUGUACUGGGGAAGAGAGGUUGGAAGACCUCCCUGCACUUGUUUUUGAAAUGCGCAUGACUGGUGACAGCUACACUGUCUAUAAUGCUGUCUAUGCUGUGGCACAUGCUUUGCAUGCCAUGUACACAUCUAAAUCUAAGCACAGACUGAGAAUUGGAAGGGUGGAUCCCAGCACUUCCAAAGGAGAAGGCUUCAGCAUCAACGAGGAGAUGAUCAUGUGGCAAUCUUAUGGAGAGAUGGUGCCCCUCUCUGUAUGCAAUGGCCCCUGCUACCCUGGUAAUGUGAAGAAAAAGAAAGAAGGGGAGAAAUUUUGCUGCUACGAUUGUGAGGAAUGUCCAGAAGGGAAGGUAUCAGACAAGAACGAUAUGGAUGAUUGUUUCAAAUGCCCAGAAGAUCAAUAUCCAAAUAAGGACCAUGAUCAAUGUAUUCCCAAGAAAAUAAGCUUUCUGUCAUAUCAAGAUCCCUUAGGGAUCACUUUGGCUUCAGUGGCUGUUUCUUCAACUUUGAUGACUGCUGUGGUGUUAGGAAUUUUCAUUAAGCAUAGUGAUACCCCAAUAGUAAAAGCAAAUAACCGGGAUAUCACCUACACACUCCUGGUCUCCCUCCUUCUCUGCUUCCUUUCAUCUUUACUAUUUCUUGGGCAGCCUGGGAAGGUUACUUGCUUCCUUCGACAAUCUGCUUUCGGCAUCAUCUUCUCAGUGGCUGUUUCUUGUGUCUUGGCCAAAACCGUCACUGUGUGUGUAGCUUUCAUGGCCACCAAGCCAGGGUCCAGCAUGAGGAAGUGGGUGGGCAAAAAACAGACCAACUCCAUUGUCCUGUCCAGUUCCUUUAUUCAAGGAGCCAUUUGUACAGUGUGGCUAGUCAAAUCUCCCCCAUUCCCAGAUAUGGAUAAAGAAUCAGUGCUGGGAGAGAUUGUGCUCGAAUGCAACGAAGGCUCUGCUGUGAUGUUUUACAUUGUCCUGGGCUACAUGGGACUUCUCUCCCUCGUCAGCUUGAUCGUGGCCUUCCUAGCCAGGAAACUGCCAGAUAGUUUCAAUGAAACCAAGUUCAUCACCUUUAGCAUGCUGAUCUUUUGCAGUGUUUGGUUGUCUUUUGUUCCAACCUACCUGAGCACCAAAGGGAAACUCAUGGUUGCAGUGGAGAUCUUCUCCAUGUUGGCCUCCAGUGCUGGGUUACUGGCUUGUAUCUUUUCACCCAAAUGUUUCAUUAUUGUUCUGCGGCCUGAGCUGAACAACAGAGAUCAACUAAUAUGGAAGAAAACAUUGAGAAUCUGA